GACAUAUCACAAACUUUAAACGAGAUUGAGGUUAAGUUCAGCGUAUAAAUCAAAUUUGCGGGUUGUUACGUCUACAGUUGUUAAAUAGAAUUUACAAUGCUUGAAGAACUUUUUACUCUUCCUUACGCAAUUUUGGAGGUUCCAAAUAUGAAAAUAAAGAAGCCCUCCUGGGUGCAGCAACCCUCCGCAAUGGUUAUGUUUUCAUUAAUCUUGGCUUCCUACUUCUUAGUUACAGGAGGUAUUAUCUACGAUGUAAUUGUCGAACCGCCUAGUGUGGGCUCAACAACCGACGAACAUGGCCAUUCACGUCCUGUUGCUUUCAUGCCAUAUAGAGUAAAUGGCCAAUAUAUUAUGGAAGGAUUAGCAUCGAGUUUCCUGUUUUCGAUGGGCGGUGUAGGAUUUAUAGUAUUAGACCACAUUCAUUCGCCACUCACACCUAAAUUAAAUCGAAUUUUAAUUACAGCAGUUGGUUUUAUUUGUGUUUUAGUAUCAUUUUUCACAACAUGGAUAUUUAUGCGUAUGAAAUUGCCUGGUUAUCUACAAUCUUAAUGUAAACUUAAUUGUAUACAAUUUUCAUAUAAAUACAUUCGAAAUAAAAUAUCACAAGAG